AUGGACCUCCUCGACGAGCUUGAAUCCAUGGCUCAGGCAGCAUCAGCAUUUCAGGACGAUGAGAACAUCCCUGAAUCAACUAUCGCGCGGUGGCAAAAGCUAUUUGGCUACUCACCUGCAACGGCCGAGAGGAAGAUCAGAGAGCACCGAAACGACCCUCUCCGCUUCCCCGUUUCUGAUGAUCAUUGGUCUGUCGUGCGAGAUCGGAUGGAGGCCGAGGGACACGACCGAGAAUCUUAUGAAUACUCGUGCAGUGGUAGCGGACGUGAUCUCAACCAGCGCCAGGAGAUGACCAUGAAGGAGAAGCGAAAACUUAGAGCCGCUGUCUUCUUGAUCAAGCUCGAAGGACCCUUGAACAGCGUCAAAGCCGUGAUCCAAGUAGCGGGCCUGUGGUGUCCAUCCUCGACUGAAGUUCUUGCUGCCACCAACCUCUCUGGACAGCCGUGUUCGUUCUUCAAGAUCAACGGUAUGGAUAAGCUGGCCAUUGAAGCAUGGUUGAAAGAAAAUCCUCACCUUGGUUUUGAACCAACCAUUAUCAAAGAUCCGUAUGCACUAAAGGAUCUCUCGCCCACUUCUUUGUAUCUAACGCUGGGUAUCGAUACAACACUGCCCCAAUUUCGACCUGGACCUGCCACGACACCUCGCCCUUCACAGAACGAAUACCCGGUCUGGUACUUCUUUUACGGAACGCUUACCGAUGCAUCCUUUCUAUCGAAGCUCUUUGGACCAGAUUACCAAGCUCAAUACCAUGCAGCCACUAUUCAAGGCGGAGUUUUGACUACUUGGGGAAAAUACUAUGCGUUAGUGGACGAUCCAAGUCACACCAACUUGGUCCUUGGAAAGGCAGUUCUCAUCGAGACUCGAGAACAGGAAGAUCGUCUACGGGCAUAUGAGACAAGUGCUUAUGAAGUGGUUCGAUGCAGCAUCGAGAUGGGUUCGGAUAUGCCUGUAGAUGGGUUGACUUUUCGCUUUAUCACCGAUAUCAUGGAUUAG